AAAAUCCACACAUUUAAGCAUCAAUUGAUCCGGUUUUGGGCAGUCUCCAAGAAGAAAUCGCUCUUGUACAAUGAAUUUCCAGGGAUACGGUGCACCGGCUGCUGGCGGGUAUCCAGGUGGAUUCCCUGGACAGCAGCAGGACCCUCUGUAUGGAUACUUCUCUGCAGUCGCUGGUCAAGAUGGCCAGAUAUCUGCAGAGGAACUUCAGACUUGUUUGACUCAGGCCAACUUCUCUGGUGGCUACAGACCUUUCAACAUUGAGACAUGUAGACUGAUGAUCAGCAUGCUUGAUAGAGACAUGUCUUGCUCAAUGGGUUUCAAUGAGUUUAAGGAGUUGUGGGCAGUGCUCAGUGGCUGGAAGCAGCACUUCAUGAGCAUUGACAGGGACAUGAGUGGCACAGUUGACCCACAGGAAAUGAGCCAAGCCGUUUCCUCUAUGGGGUACAGGCUGAGUCCUCAGGCCAUGAACUGCAUAAUUAAGCGGUACAGCUCUAAUGGGAAGAUCUCAUUUGAUGAUUAUGUCGCUUGCUGUGUCAAACUGAGGAGCUUGACUGAUGUGUUCAGAAAGAGGGACCAGGCUCAACAGGGAGUGGUGACACUUCAGUAUGAUGAUUUCAUCCAGUGCACCAUGAGCAUCUGAGAGAAGCCUCUGGGUUCAUGCAAAGAUCCACAAAUAAAAAAAUGUAUACUUUAGUUUGCAUUUUUAUAACUUUUAUAAACAAUUCACUUACAUGUGCUUUCGUGUCAUACUUUGACAAUAUUGUAGUACUGAUACAAUAUAAAACAUACAUUUAAACAAUAUUGUUUGCAAUUGCACUAUUGGAUUAUUCAUAUGACUAAGUACGGAAUGCCUCUACACCAAUGACUUUUAUAGUCUAUCCAUUUAAAAUUUAACAGAUAUUCUAUAUCAAGUUAUUGUAUCAAAGCAGCUAUACAGAAAUCCAUGAUAUUAAUGUUUAUAAUAUCCUAAUGCCUUACAGUCGCAGAUUAGAGUGGCAGUAUAUUAUAGUAUAGCACCACCAUAACCAGCAUCCCACCUCUGGAGUCUUGUCAGCGUAUAUAUACAUAUAUAUAUAUAUAUACCUCCAAUUCAUUUGUCUUAAUGUCUUAAUUUGACACGGUCAGUAAUGAAUACUUUGUCAAUGUGAGGCAUGCUAAACUUCAGAUCCAUGUGUGAGUGCUGUUAACUGGAAGUAAAAUGUUUUAUUAUAUAUCACCAAAGAAUUCUUGACACUUGUGCU